AUUUGACCGAUUUAAAAAAGAUUAGAUUAGAUUAGUGUGUUACUGUGAAAUAUGUUUCAAAUUGGUAUUUCGUCAUCAAUCCUUUAACAAUAUCUACAGUCACUCACAACCACUGAGAAAUAAUGGAGCCCGCAACAGCCAAGCCGGGAUCUGAGAAACUGAAUUCGGACUUCUUUUACGGCUGGGAUCUAUUAUUCAAAACUGUAGAGGGGAUAAUUGAUAAGAAGUCUGAUAUUCUAAUAGUGCUCGCUCAUUUCCUGCUCACUAAGCAUUACAAAUUCCGUUGCGUUGGUAUUGGAGACGACAAAACUCUACCCGAAGACGAGGUCGGCAGUGAAUUACUGCCUGAUCAUUGGAAUGGCGAUAAUACAAAGUACUCGCUACGAUAUGUGCAUAAUAAAGUGCUUUAUCUAUUGCUCGGACAUAUUACAGAAGAUGCGCUGAUUAUCAAUUUAUUGGAUAUUAAUACUAAGAAUGUGUCAAAUAUAUGCGUGACGCCGGAAACAUUGGUUGUCGCGGUCAAGGGUGGCAUAACAACAACCAUGCCAACGGCAACAGAUAUUGUUGAUCGCUUUCGCAAGGAGCUCUGUGAUCCGGUAUUCACUGGAAACUCACGCGAGGCAACCACACAAACACAGGUCAACAACGAAAGAACUCCAGCAUCCACAUCAGAUCCUUUGCGCAUCGGCGAGCCUAGACGCCCGGGAUCAUUUAUGCCGCAUGGCUUUGAGCCCCGGCCAUUCGGUUUCCCGGAUGUUGGUCGUGGAGAUUUGGAUCCAUUAGGUCGGGGACCUGGUAAUUUAUUAUCAUUUCCAGGUCAUUCGGGCCUGGCACGAUUUGAUCCGUUCAAUCCGUUGAAUCCACGUAACCCUAGCGGAAUGGCUCCGAAUCCAGAUCAUCUGCCUCCGCCACAUUGGAAUCCCGAUUACUACAUGUGAAAUAUCUAUAUAUAUAUGAAUUUAUAUAUAACCAACCCAUUGAAAUGUUCGAUCUAUCAAAUCAAUAGU